CACAGAGUGAAACAAAUGAGAGCAGACUAGAAAUCGUGUUUCGUUGUGUUGGGUUUGAAUACAAUUCGUUAGCAAACCGACAUCGACGGAAGGAUCACGCACACACCGAUUCCUGUUAGAGCCGCAAUCGAAAGGCUCCACCUUUAAGAACCCUUCCCGCAUCAAUCCAUGAGCCUGGCAGAAUGCAGAAGAAGGUAGCGCCCGAGCGUCGUCCGUACUGCGAUCCGCGGCUACAGGACGAUAAGGUUAGGCGGCAAAGGACCCUCCACCUGCCGCGAACCUCGCAGGCGCAAAAAAAGGGCGACAAGCGCCAGCUGAACGACUGCCCCUUCUUCGACUUGAAGUAUGGCUUUGAUCAGCUGCCCCUCGAUCCGGUCAAGGAGUUCCUGCAGGAGAAGAUAUCCCACAUGCAAACUGACAGUAUUGUUGGUGCCUGCAACCGCGAAUUCGAUUUUUUCUCAUAUGAUCUGGACAACGUGAAGGAGAAGUAUGACGAGUGCGACGACGACAGCCUGCAGGAGUUGCAGCUGGACGACAUCGUGAUGCCGGAGCAGUUCGAGGCACUGCGCGAUGCCAAGGAUCACACCUAUAACUUUGAUUCCACGGCUUGUAAUCAAUUUCCCUGGAUUGACAAAUGGAUGACUGGCGUGAAACCCAGUGAGCAGGAAAUCUAUGAGAUGACCAGCCAACUCUUGGACAUCUACUGUCAACGGAGAGUACGGAUUUUUUUUCCGGACUGCGGCACCAAAUCCGCGCUCUGGACGAAUAAGCUGAGGCGCCUCCACGGCUCCCCCUCAGAGCUAAUCGGAGCCUACAGGACCCCAACGGCGCGCCACCUGCGGGUCAACAAUCUUAAAAAGGAAAAGAAAAAGAAUAAGUUCACUGUGGGCGAUCACUACGCUUUUCGCACACCCCAAGAGUGUCGCAACGAGUUGGUGAGAGUGGGAAAAGUUAUCGAUGAGAUGCUGAAGCCCAUUGUGAAAGAGGCCGAACAUAACAUUGGCCACGGACUAAAGGAACCUCCCGAUCCCAAUUUAGUAAAAAAUAAAAAAAAAUGUGCCGGCAUCCGUCAACAGGUAAAAAAAGGUUGCCGCCUACAAAACAAAAGGAUUCACCGCAAGGACUUUCAAACCAACGAAGAGUUUUUACAUUGUCUCAAGAAAAUGGAGGCCACUCGCUUUCCAUAUAUGGCACCUAUGCAGCCAGUGGAUCCAGAGGAACAAAAACGGCUGAUGAUGGUCAAGUACCAGGCUGCGUUGAAGACUGCUAAGGCCAAGUUCACUCUGAAGAUCGAAAAACGCUACAUGUGUCUCAUAAAGAGCAUGUCCAUAACGCAACUGUCGACGUAUCCUUCGCACCUAAUUCGCAAGGCCUUCAGGCUAAUAGGUUUCGGUUUCGGAUUAGAAAUUGAGGUCCUGGAAUACCUGCAAAGGGAGGAGAAAUUCUGGCCCCACCUGACGCCAGAAAUUAUAUUAAUGGAUUAUAUGUUCGUGAGCGACCUUGUUAAGCGCAAGGAUAGGGCCAUCCUUAUAAUGGUGUGUCUCAUCGACCUGCAGGAGGAUUUUCGCUACCAUGUGAAGCGCGCUUUUCUCAAUUAUCUUCUGGGGUCCAACAUGGAGAGAAAGCGCCUGCAACUGGAGCAGGAGCCCCCAGAUUUUCCCAUUUUUACAAUCAUUUCGCCGGUUCCCUGGCGCUCGAAUCUGUUGCGGGCCAAGUCCCACAUCGGUGAGGUGCUAAUGAUCACCCAUCCCACAGUCCAGGCGAUUAACCGCCUAUGGCACGACCUGUACGAAGACCUUGUAGUAGUGGACAUGGCACAGUUGCUCCUGGCCAAGCGACCGUUGGACGCGGAUACAGUCCAGGUUUUUAUCAAGCAGAGCUGCGCCAAUGUCCGGGAUUUGCUCCUCAACGAUUGGCUACCCCGCUGCGCCGAUCUGAUGAACGAAAUGCGAAACACUUGGAAGGAUAUGGUCCCCAUGUCUGGAAAGUAUGGUGGCCGGGCGGCCGCUCUCUUCCGCUGCAUCCACGCGGCCAUGUCUCGCCACCUAAACAGCCUCAUCAGCAAGAGCAUCAAUUACCUCUUCAAGGUGCUGUGUGCCUUUAAAGAAGGAAACCGUAUCGAUAAGUACUCCAUGUACGAUUCCAAGCUCAAACGCAUCCCGCUGGUGACCUUGGUCGCCUCCGUGGUGGGCGCUCACUUUGACCACGAGCCCAUCGACAUGGGUCCAGGGGUCCGAUCGGCCACGAACAUAUAUGUCUACGACGAGGACGAUGCCGAUCCUUUCCAACAGCCUCAGGCCCACAUGCUAGUGGAGACUGCUCCUGACAUUGAUGAUGUGGCCCAGUUUGAGUUGGACCACAGCCACAAACUCUACAUAUACCCCUACAUGCAGGAGCUGCCCCGCUUGUUCGUCGAUCACUUCAAGAGCAUUUUGGCCGUGGGGUAUGACAUACCUCGCCUGGAGUAUGUUAUGUCGGGAGGCGAGCCGGAAACCCAUGGGUACCUGCACUAUAUCGACGAAGAUCACACUGACUUUAUGGCUCUUUGCGAAAAAGUCGAGCAGAUAGUCCAGGUGAAUUGGCGCGGAGUGCACGUCUACCUCAAGCCCGUCUACAAGUACUACUUCGGACUCUUCAACAAGUUGAUAAUGCCCAUGGUGGAGAAGGUCUGGACGGAGAAUAUCCUGCCGGAACUGGGGCCGGUGAUGGAGCUGCUGAAAAAAUUGCAGGCCGUGAGCGAUACGACCUAUUAUCUGCGCGAUUUCAUUCCGCUCAACCUGUUCAUGCUGGAUAAUCGCCACGUGAAGCUAUCGCUGCGGAUGUAUGUGCGCGAAAUCUACGAUUUCAUAAUUGAUUUUUACAAAGCCCUCAAUUGGAACGAGAAUCGAGCCAUCUGCGAGGAGCUGGAGGAGAUGUCGAUGAAGGCGGGCGAGCGGCCCGAGGAGACGCCGGAGGUGGUGGCCCUGCAGAACUACAUCAACGAGUGCCGGGAGAUGCGCAUAUUCGCCAUCAAGGAUGAAAUCAAGAACGUGUUGAAGCGCGUCGUCUUCCUGCUGACACACACCUACCUGUCCAGCGAUGAACUUCAUCUCAACUCGCGCACAUUCAUCCUGCCCGGCGAACUCGAGGAGGUCCUGGACCUGAGCGCCGCCCGUCUAGCGGUGGUGCGCGAUAAUCUGGAGAUGGCCCUGCGGGAGAGACGGAUGGAGUUCGAGAAGCUGCUGGCCCAGGAGAAGCGUACGAUGGACGGCUUCCGUAUCCGGGAAAUCCGGGAUGUGCUCACGCUCGACGAGCUCAAGGAGCGGGUGGAUACGGUCGACUUGCUCUUCACCACCAUCGAGAACCUAAGCAGAGAGGCCAAGGCCAUUAAUAUAGAGGAAGUACUUCUCCAAAUCGAUGUGUCCGCCUUUCCCCUCCUCGCAGAGAUUAUCGAGAAAAUGGAGCCCAUCGAGAAGCUGUGGAAGACAUCAUACGAGUUCGAAAAGGAUUAUCUUAUUUGGAUGUUCGAGCGCUUCGAAUGCCUUAAUGCGGAUGGCGUGCGGGAGCAAGUGGAGAAUAUGCACAAGAUUAUAUACAAACUUUCCCGGCAAUUGGCCUACAAUCCUGUGGCCAAGAGAGCCGCGGAGCAGGUUCGUAUGAAGAUUGAAAAGUUCCGCGUAUAUCUCCCCGUGUUGGACUCGAUUUGUCGGCAUGGAUUGGAAAAGCGGCACUGGGACCAGAUCUCCAAAAUCAUGGGUCGCAAGGUCAACCCGAAGUUGUUCCCCACACUGAAGGAUAUGAUCGAUGUGGACAUAAUGAGCAUUUUGCCACAGCUUGAGGAGAUUGCCAAUGCGGCAGGAAAGGAGUACGACCUGAACAACGGACUGAGAAUCAUGCAGAGCGACUGGAAGGACGUGAUGUUCGAGAUUAUUCAAUACCGCGACUCGGACACCCACAUUCUGGCCAGUAUCGACGAUAUUCAGACACUCCUGGACGACCACAUAAUGCGCACCCAGGCCAUGAAGCGAUCGCCCUUUAUCGUGGCCCUCGGGUCGAAGGCGGAUGAUUGGGAGGCGCGAUUGCUCCUCAUCCAGAACAUCAUCGAUGCAUGGACGCAGGUGCAGAUAACUUGGAUGUACUUGGAGCCGAUUUUCAGCAGCGAAGACAUCAUGCGACAAAUGCCACUCGAGGGCCGCAACUUCAAGGCCGUGGACAAGCUGUGGCGAAAGAUCAUGAAGCAUACCCUAAUAGAUCGCCAUGUGAUGGCAGCCACCGAGUACCCGGAGAUGUUGGAAAUCUUCACAAAGGCCAUUGAGGAUCUCGAGACGGUCCAGAAGGGUUUGAACACCUACCUGGAGCAGAAACGCCUCUUCUUUGCCCGCUUUUUCUUCUUGUCCAAUGAUGAGUUACUGGAGAUCCUUUCGGAGACCAAGGACCCGAUGCGAGUGCAGCCACAUCUGAGAAAGUGUUUUGAGGGCAUUGGCUCCCUAAACUUUGACGAGCAGAUGGAGAUUACCGAGAUGAUUAGUGACGAGGAAGAACGUGUCGCCCUGGUGCGCAAAAUCAAUCCGCAAGCGGCCAAUGGGCUUGUUGAGAUUUGGCUGAAGGAGGUGGAGAUGGUGAUGCUGGACAGUGUGAAAGAGCAGAUGCACGAGGCCUGGGAGGACUACGCCAUGGUGGAGCGAAUUUCCUGGGUGGUAAGCUGGCCCGGACAGGUGGUCCAAGGCAUAUCCUGCAUGGCCUGGACCUACGAGGUCGAGGAGGCCAUCGAGACGAAGACGCUGCCGGCUUAUUUGGAGAAGUCCAAUCUGCAGAUUGCCGACCUGGUGCAAUUGGUGCGCACGGAUCUGCAGACCGGAGUGCGGAUAGCCGUGGAGGCGUUGAUUGUGUUGGAUGUGCAUGAUCGUGAUGUGGUCAAGUAUCUGACUGAUAUAAGGAUAUCCAACAUACAGGACUUUGACUGGAUCUCCCAGCUGCGCUACUACUGGAAAGUCAACGACAAAAACGAGGAAUGGGUCUGCGUUAGCAUGGUGGUCACAGAUGUCCAGUACGGCAUGGAAUACCUGGGCAACCUGCCCCGCCUGGUGGUCACUCCCCUCACGGAUCGUUGCUACCGGACUUUGAUGGGCGCUUUGAAGCUGUGCUUGGGAGGAGCUCCCGAGGGACCGGCCGGAACUGGCAAGACGGAGACCUGCAAGGAUUUGGCGAAGGCAGUGGCCAAGAAGUGCGUCGUCUUCAAUUGCUCCGACGGCCUGGACUACAAGGCCCUGGGCAAGUUCUUCAAGGGCUUGGCUCAAUCGGGCGCCUGGGCCUGCUUCGACGAGUUCAACCGUAUCGAACUGGAGGUGCUCUCCGUGGUGGCGCAACAGAUCCUGACCAUCCAGCGGGCCAUUGGACGCAAGGUUGUGAAAUUCUUUUUCGAGGACACAAUGCUAAAACUGGAUCCGACUUGUUCCAUAUUCAUAACCAUGAAUCCCGGUUAUGCCGGGCGAACUGAACUGCCGGACAAUCUGAAGGUCCUGUUCCGGACAGUGGCCAUGAUGGUGCCCGAUUACGCCAUGAUCGGGGAGAUAACGCUCUACUCCAACGGAUUCGACAUGGCCAGGAACCUUUCCCAGAAGAUCGUGCAGGCCUACAAGCUCUGCUCCGAACAGCUGUCCUCGCAGUCGCAUUACGAUUACGGAAUGCGCGCCGUAAAGUCCGUCCUGCUGGCCUCCGCCUCCCUGCGCCGACUCUACACUGACCUGCCGGAGCCGGAGAUUGUCCUGCGUGCCAUCGUCGAUGUCAAUUUGCCAAAAUUCCUGGAGCAGGAUAUUUCCCUCUUCAUUGGCAUCUACAUGGAUCUAUUCCCCGGCGUGGAGCUGCCCAUGCCGCAACGUGGCGACAUACUCAAGUGGCUUCACAUCAACCUGGCGGAGCGGAAUCUGCAGGCGACGCCCUGGUAUUUGGAGAAAAUUCUGCAGAUAUACGAGAUGUUGCUCGUGCGGCACGGCCUCAUGAUUGUGGGAGGCGCCAUGGGUGGCAAGACCACUGCCUACCAGGUGCUAGCCCAGACCCUACGAAAUGUGGCCAACGACGACACGUGCACCUUGAAGGAGUUCCCGGUCGUGUUCCGCAUCAUCAACCCAAAGGCCAUUACCAUGGGCCAACUGUACGGGCGCUUCGAUCCAGUCUCCCACGAGUGGUACGACGGUGUCUUGGCCAAGACCUUCAGGGAGCAGGUACAGGGGCCUAAAACAGAACGCGCUUGGGUGAUGUUCGAUGGCCCUGUGGAUGCAGUGUGGAUUGAAAACCUGAACACUGUGCUGGACGACAAUAAGAAGCUCUGUCUGAUGUCUGGGGAGAUCAUGCAGAUGACCAAGCUGAUGAACAUGAUGUUCGAGCCGGCGGAUCUGGAGCAGGCGUCUCCGGCCACCGUGUCCCGCUGCGGCAUGAUCUACAUGGAGCCUUCGCAACUGGGCUGGCGGGCAUUCCACAAGAGCUUCAUCAAUAUCCUGGUCAACAAGGUUGGGCUCAACGAAAUCUACAUGAACCUGUUCGAGGACCUGGUAAACUGGCUGAUUCCGGCUGCGCUGGAAUUCCUACCGCAGUGCAAGCAGAUGCUGGAGCUAUCGCCCAUCUAUCAGUACCAGAUCUUCUCGCGCUUCUUCCUGCACUUCCUGGAAAAGCACAAGCAGUUCAAUCAGGCCUGGUUCCAGCAGAUGUUCCUCUUCUGCUAUGCCUGGGCCUAUUGCUCAGCCCUCACGGGAGCUGGUCAGAAGACCUUCGACGCGUUGCUGCGUAAGGUGAUCUACGGAUCAAACGAGAGCUAUCCCAAGCCGAAGUACUUCUCCCUGAAUCGUGGCCAGAUGUUCCCGGAGAAACUGGUGUUCCUGGACUAUAGGUUCGACGAGGCAGAGAACUGGUGGACCUGGCACAAGAGCGACGAUAGCGGCACUCCGGCCAACUUCCCGGAGCAGGCUCAGAUCAGUGAGCUGAUCGUGCCCACCAAGGAGACAGGUUACAUUUCCUACUGGCAGGACUUUUGCAUUUCCAAGUCGUACCCCAUGCUGGUCGUUGGGCCAACGGGCACGGGAAAGAGCGCCAUUAUCACCAGCAACCUGCUGGCCCUGCCUAAGUUUGCCAACCUCGUCAAUGUCAUCAACUUUUCGGCUCGAACCUCUGCCCAAAUGGUCCAGGACACGAUCAUGAGCAAGCUGGACAGGCGACGCAAGGGAGUCUUCGGACCCGCUCUGGGCAAGAAGUGCACUGUCUUCUGUGAUGAUGUGGCCAUGCCUGCAAAGGACACCUAUGGCUCUCAGGGACCGCUGGAGCUACUUCGAACUUGGCUGGACCACGGCUACUGGUCGGACCUGAUAGACACCACCAAAAUCGAACUGGUGGACAUGUCUCUGAUGUGCGCCAUGGGCACUUUGGGCGGCAGCAACUUCAUUUUUCCGCGUCUCUAUCGCCACAUGUUCGUGGUGGCCGUUGAUUCCUUUGAGGACUCCACCAUCGUUCGCAUAUUCACAUCGAUUGGUGAUUGGCACUUUUCCAAGGGUUAUCCCGAGAAGGUGGCUCUGCUAUCCCGCGGCUUAUCGGAGGCCAUGGUCAGUGUGUACCGCGGGGCAAUUCGCACCUUCCUGCCCACGCCGGCCAAGUCGCACUACACGUUCUCCCUGCGCGACAUCACGCGCGUCUUCCAGGGCAUCGUGAUGGUCCCGCCCAAGCGGAUGCCCGACCCGGAGAAGCUGGGUCGCCUUUGGGCCCAUGAAACCUAUCGCGUCUUUUACGACCGCUUGGUGGACCAGAAGGAUCGGGAUCGUCUCUUGGUGAUGGCCGUCGAUGCCUGCAAGACCAACCUGCGCUUCCCCCUGGAACAGGCAUUCGCCGAAAGAAUAGAGCCCGGCGAGAAGCUGACGGACAAUGACCUGCGGAAUCUCUUCUACGGCAACUACAUGGAGCCGGAUGCCGAACCCAAGUACUACGACGAGGGCGAAACCUACGAAAAGCUGGAGAAGCUGAUGAAGUACUACCUACGGGAGUACAACUCAUUCUCUAGUACCCCGAUGGACUUGGUCAUGUUCCGGUUUGCCAUAGAGCACGUGAGCAGGGUUUCCCGGGUGCUGCAAAUGCCGCGCGGAAAUAUCCUAAUGGUGGGCAUGGGCGGAUCGGGACGCCGCAGCUCCGCCCGCCUGGCGGCCUACAUCGCCGACUGUCGGCUGAUGACUGUCCAGGUGUCCAAGAGCUACACCCUGACGGAUUGGCGCGACGAUCUGAAGAAGAUUCUGAUGGCGGCCAGCUUCAACCUGAAUCACACCGUCUUCUUGUUUUCGGACGCACAGGCAACAGAUGAGGGCUAUGUGGAGGAUAUCAAUGGCAUACUUAAUACCGGUGAUUUACCCAAUCUCUAUCAGCUGGAGGACAAGGCGACCAUCAUGGAGAACAUGGCAAAUGUGGCUAAACAAUUGGGCAAAGUCCUGGACACCCUACCCAGUGAGGUGUAUGCCUAUUACAUCGAUCGCAUUCGGGAGCAGCUCCACAUAGCUCUGGCCUUCUCGCCCAUUGGCGAUUCUUUCAAGGAGCGCAUACGAGUGUAUCCUUCGCUGAUCAACUGCUGCACUAUAGACUGGUACAUGCCCUGGCCGGAGGAGGCGCUCUCUCGUGUGGGCAUCUAUUUCGUCACCUCGAUGCGUCUAAAUAGGCCACAUAGCGAGGAGCACGAAGAGCCGGCAUCGGUUCGGGAAUCGGUAGAGCAGGGCCAGGAGGAGACGCAACGGCGUGAAACCUUAGACGAGGAUCGGGAGUUGACUCAACUGGAGUUGGACCUGGUCGACUGUGUCAUGUACUUCCACCAGUCUGUGGUAGACGCCAGCGAGAGGUGCUACAUGGAGUUGAAUCGCAGAAAUUAUGUGACGCCGUCGGCGUACUUGGAGCUUUUGAAAGCAUUCCGCACUUUCUAUAGUCGGAAGCUGGACGAGAUUACUCGUCUGAGGGAUCGUUACACCACUGGUUUGGAGAAGCUGGACUUUGCCGCAGGCCAGGUGGGCGAGAUGCAGACAAAUCUGUAUGACCUCCAGCCGAUGCUGAAAGUUCUUUCCGAGGAGACGGACCGCAUUAUGGUGAACAUCGAACGGGAGACGGCGGAGGCUGAGAAGAAGAAGGAAGUGGUGGGAGCGGACGAGGCGGCGGCCAAUGAAGCCGCCGCAGCUGCUCAAGCCAUCAAGGAUGAUUGCGAAACUGAUUUGGCCGAGGCCAUUCCCGCCAUGGAGGCUGCUCUAGAGGCCCUCAACACUUUGAAGCCAGCGGACAUCUUCAUAGUCAAGUCCAUGAAGAACCCCCCCUACGGUGUCAAGCUGACCAUGGAGGCUGUGUGCGUACUGAAGGGCAUGAAGCCAGAUAGGAAGCCCGAUCCCAGUGGCCACAUGGUGGAGGACUACUGGGGCCCCUCUAUGCGCAUGCUCAGCGAUAUGAAGUUCCUGGACUCGCUUAAGACCUUCGACAAGGACAAUAUUCCUCCACCGAUUAUUAAAAAGAUACGAGAGAAAUACAUUGCAGAUCGUGACUUUGUUCCGGAGAAGAUCAAGGCCGCCUCCAUGGCCUGCGAGGGCAUCUGCCGUUGGGUGCGGGCCAUGGACGUCUACGACAAAGUGGCCAGGAUUGUGAUGCCUAAAAAGGCCGCCCUGGCCGAAGCCGAGGGCGAGCUGUCCCAGCAGAUGGAGAAGCUCAAUGCCAAGCGGGCCGAGUUGCAGGUCAUCCUGGACAAGCUACAGAAACUCAAUGACUUCUUUGCGGAAAAGUCCCGAGAAAAGAAGCGUCUGGAGGACGAAAUCGAUAAUUGCGAGAAAAAGCUGAACAGAGCGGAAAAGCUGCUGGGAGGCCUGGGCGGAGAGAAGACGAGAUGGUCGGAGGCAGCUAAGAACCUGCACGAAUCCAUUAGCAAUAUCGUGGGCGAUGUCCUGCUCGCCGGUGGCUGCACCGCUUACCUGGGCUACUUCACCACCGAGUACCGUGUGAGCAUACUGGACGACUGGAAUGCCUUGUGCCUGAAGAGACACAUCCCCUGCAGCGAGACCUUCUCGCUGGCCACCACCCUGGGCCAUCCGAUGACCAUACGAGCCUGGUCACUGGCCGGACUGCCGGCAGACAACUUCUCCGUGGAGAACGGCAUCAUAGUGACGAACUCCAGCCGCUACUCGCUGCUCAUUGAUCCCCAGGUGCAAGCCAACAAAUGGAUCAAAAACAUGGAAAAGAACAACAACCUGAAGGUUAUCAAGCAGAGCGAUGGGAACUACAUGCAAGUCCUCGAGCUAGCCAUAUCUUAUGGCCUGCCUGUGCUGAUCGAGAAUGUAGGCGAAAAACUCGACUCGAAUCUGACGCCCAUUCUGGAGAAGAACGUUAUCAAGCACAAGGGCGGGCUGUUCAUCAAAAGCGGCGACCAAAUGAUAGAAUACAAUCCCGAUUUUCGUCUUUACAUAACGACCUGUCUCCGCAAUCCGCGUUAUCCGCCGGAAGUGAUGGUUAUGGUAACAGUAUUAAAUUUCAUGAUAACGGAGCAGGGAUUACGCGAACAAUUGCUGGCGAUUGUGGUGGCUCACGAGCGUCCCGAUUUGCAAGAGAAAAAGGAACAAUUGAUUAUUGAGUCCGCUAGGAAUCGAGAUGCAUUGUACACCAUCGAAUCGAAGAUAUUGGAGGUGCUGUCCAGUUCUGAAGGCAAUGUCCUAGAGGACGAGAACGCCAUCAACAUUCUAUCCUCGAGUAAAAUCCUCUCAGAGGACAUCCAGGAAAAGCAAGUAAUUGCGGUGGCCACCGAGAUAGAGAUCGAUGCUGCCCGACAGCAGUACAUCCCAGUGGCCAAGCACUCGGCCAUCUUGUUCUUCUGCAUCAGUGAGCUGGCCAACGUGGACCCCAUGUACCAGUAUUCCUUGGCCUGGUUCCUCAAUCUCUUCGUGGGCACCAUCCUCAAGGCGCCCAAGUCGGACAAUCUGACCGAGCGAUUGGGGAACCUCAAUGACUACUUCACCAAGUCCAUAUACACGAAUGUGUGCCGCUCGCUGUUCGAGAAGGACAAGUUGGUUAUUUCGCUGGUCAUGUGCCUGGGCAUCCUAGUGUCCCAGGGUCGGGUGGAGAAGGCGGCACUGCUGUUCUUCCUCACCGGAGGCAUUGGCUACAAGACCAUUCCGCCGAACAAGUUUCCGGGUUGGCUGCCGGACAAGUCCUGGGCAGCGGCUUACAGGGCCGCCUCGGAUCUUGAAGGCAUUAAGACUCUUAUUCAAAAUAUGGAAUCCAAUACCGAUGCCUGGCACGCGUUCUACGAUGAAAUCAGUCCCGACCAACUGCCUCUGCCAGCACCCCUGAAUACAGUAAAUGAUAUGCUCUACCUGAUCGUCCUCAAGGCCCUGCGUCCGGAUAAACUAGUGCCUGCCGUGCGGGCCUUUAUUACCCGCAACCUGGACCGUUCGUUUGUGGAGCCGCCACCCUUCGAUUUGGCGGCCUCGUUCGCUGACAGCUCCCCGAAAAUUCCUUUGGUGUUCCUGCUCUCGCCCGGAUCGGAUCCCAUGGCCAGUCUCUUCAUGUUCGCCAAACAACGCAACAUGUACGACAAAUUGAAGACCAUCUCCCUGGGCCAGGGACAGGGUCCGCGUGCCGAGAAGAUGAUCAUUGAGGCCGCCCGCCACGGGCAGUGGGUGGUGCUCCAGAACUGUCACGUGGCCUUCAGUUGGAUGGGCGACCUGGAAAGGAUCUGCAACGACACCACCCUAACGGAUGGAGCCAACCACGACUACCGUCUGUGGUGCACCUCGUACCCCAGUUCCGUUUUUCCCGUCUCCGUGCUGCAGAACUCCGUAAAAAUGACUAACGAACCGCCCAAAGGACUGCGCGCUAAUAUGCACAGGUCCUUCACAUCGGAUCCGCUGAUGCGGGACAAGUUCUUUACCAACGCCUUCCUGUUCUCGGACCAGGCCAAUAAAUGCUGGCUCAGGGGUGUCUUUGCGCUGGUGUUCUUCCACGCAGUUGUCCAGGAGCGGCGAGAAUUUGGUCCUCUGGGCUGGAAUAUUCCCUACGAAUUCAAUGAGUCCGACUUGAAAAUUUCUCUCCUUCAGCUGAAGAUGUUUAUCACACAAAGCCAAAGUAUACCCUUCCGAGGACACGUUUAUUUGACCGGAGAGUGCAAUUAUGGAGGUCGUGUCACUGACGACAAGGAUCGCCGUUUGAUCCUAUCCUUGCUGAAUAUGAUAUACAACCAAAACACCAUUGAACAGGACAACUAUGCCCUCUCCCAGUCCGGUAACUAUCGAGUUCCUUUGAGUCCCACACGCCUCAACUCCAUAGAGUAUGUGUCCAGUUUCCCACUGAGUCCCCAGCCGGAGGUUUACGGGCUUCACGAAAACGCAGACAUUAAUCGCAAUGUCAAGGAGACCAAUGCGCUUAUUAGCGGCGUCCUGCUCACCCAAACAGAUCUGAUGGCCUCGGUUAAGGCCAGCUCAGUAGGAGGGGCCAAAGAGGAUCCUGCUAUUGCUAUUUGCAAACAGGUCCUUGCCCAGAUGCCUGAGGAGUUCGACAUUGAUGUGGUUUCCAAAUCCUAUCCCGUGAUCUACACCAAUUCGAUGAACACGGUGCUGCGCCAGGAGUUGAUCCGCUUCAACCGACUUAUUUCCUAUAUUCGCAAGAGCUUGGUGAACGUAGGGAAGGCGGUGGUGGGCCAGAUUGCAAUGAUACCAGAGCUGGAACGCACCCACGCCUCGAUGGUCAUUGGCAAGUUGCCGGCGGACUGGCUGAAGAAGAGCUAUCCAUCGUUGAAGCCAUUGGGCAGCUACGUGAACGACCUUUUGGCCCGGUUGGCCUUCUUCCAGGAAUGGAUAGACAAGGGCGAGCCAUCGGUUUAUUGGAUUUCUGGAUUCUACUUUACCCAGUCCUUCAUCACGGGUGUGCUGCAGAACUACUCCAGAAAGAACCGCUUCCAGAUAGACAUGAUCUUGAUCGAGUUUGCCGUGACCAAGUUCGAGGUGCAGGUUCCCCAGGUUCCUGAAGUGGGUGCCUAUAUCCGGGGCAUUUUUAUAGAAGGUGCUCGCUGGAAUCGCAAGAACAAAGAGGUGGACGAGUCCUUUUCAAAGAUUCUAUUCGAUACUCUGCCCGUCAUAUACCUGCGGCCCGUUUUGAAAAGCUUGGAGGAUCUGCCACGCGGAACUGGCGGCGCCGAGGUGGAGACUUACUACGAUUGUCCCGUGUACAAAACGAGCGAGCGACGUGGUGUCCUGUCCACCACAGGCCACUCGACCAAUUUUGUGAUGUACCUGCAGCUGCGAUGCUCCCGGACAGCCAUGCACUGGAUUAACCGGGGCACGGCCUGCCUUUGCCAACUGGACGACUGAUGGGGAUUGGGAAUGCCUACUGGGCGGCGGGCUUGUGCCUUCUGGCCGGACACAAAGGGCC